UUCGUUGCUUUAACACAAGGAGUAAAGAGAUGAAGCUGUGCUCUGCUGCUCCAGUCGAAAGCGUGGACGAUGAAAAUCCCUUUGGGAGGAAAGAGAUCAUCCUAGAAGCGAGGACUCCUUCUCCGGAUCAUCCUUCUGCGGUGAUGAGUUACCAGCCUUCACGUCCAAAGACUGCUGCGAAUGAAUCGGAGAAACGAAUCGAUCCAGCUCCCAAUGCUGCUGCUUGGAAUGACUCCAAGGAACAAACCAAAUUUUCUGGUAUCGCUUCUCCCUCUCCCAAGGAUGCUGCGAAACGAUACGAGGAACAAAUCAGCACCGCUGCUACUGCUGCUGCUGCGAAAAGAUCCAAGGAACCAAUUUCCGCGGCUGCUUCUCCUGCUACCAGGAACUACAGUGAGAGUAUCGACGGAGCGCAAAGCAGCGCGGGUGCUUGUCGCAACGAGCCGAGAGAGGGGAAGAUAGCACUCCCACAUGAACGAGGCAUUUCCAUUCUCGACAUUCUUGAAGAUGACGAAAUGCCGACCCAGAAGAGGCUGCGCGAAGGCUAUGAAGACUUUCCCUGGGAUACGAUGAGAAGUCCUGCUCGUCAAAGGCGUGGCCCUGGAUAUCUUCCAGUAGGCCGAGAGGAAAUGUCACAGACCACUCAGCUCCCAAGCUUAAGGGAGGAGCCGAAUGCGUACUUCGUUGAAGGGUUGACAUCCGAGGAGGACGAGCCGCUGGCACUGGCACUUACAUCAGGGAGCUUGUGGGAGGAAGGCAAAAGCUCGAUGCUUCGCAAGACAGUUCCCGUGGUGACGUACGAACUCAGCAAUGAGAAUGAACAAGACGUGGAUUUCUCGCACUGGGGUGCUGGAUGGAAACACUUUGACAUGACGCUAGGAGGUAUCUUUCCAGAUUAAACUGUUCUUGCAUUUUCUAUUAAGUAUCCCUGAUCUAGAUGA